AUGGCUACCUACACAUACGAAACCCAGCUGGGGCACGUCCUGGUCCAGAUGAUGCCUUUCCUGAAACUGUACAGCGAGUACUGCUCGCGCUACGACAAGUGCACGGCUGAGCUCAAGAAGAUCUUCUCCUCCGUCAUCGCCACACGAUGGCUCGAGAAUUGCCUCAACAACGACGCGUGCCACAACCUCAACAUCUACGCCUUCCUCAUCAUGCCGGUGCAGCGCAUCCCUCGAUACAAGAUGCUCAUUGACCUUCUCAUCAAGCACACACCUCCAGACCACGGGGACUACGAGAACCUGCUCCAAGCACAGAAGAAGAUCGUGGAUGUGGCGCAGUGGGUGGACAGCUACAAAUCAAACAACGACAUGAUGGCCGAACUGUCGGGGAAGAUCGUCGGAAUGGGCGUGCCGCUGAUGCAGGCCGGCCGAAAGUUCAUCUUCCAGGGCCAGCUCUCCAAGAAGCCGUCGUCGGGAAAGUCUGGAGCGACGACGGUGCGGUGGUUCUUCCUGUUCAGCGACGUGCUGAUCUACGCCCAGGAAAAGAAAAAGGCCUUCGUGUACAAGGGCUCCAUCAACCUCUUCCCCGCCAAGUUCAACCUAUGCGUUGAGGACCUGCCCUUGACACCCACCUUCUUCUACUUCUUCUUCACUGCACCCAAGGCUCACAACGACCGACUCAACAACACAACAGAAAAGCUAUCUUUCCAGAUCGUGGGCAAGAGGAAGGUGCUGCUGGUGCUCAUUGCCCGGACGCAGCAGGACAAGGACAACUGGAUGCGAGAACUCAACAACGUACUCAAUACGGAGGACUCCCCCAAGUCUGGAGGCUCCACGAUUCGGCUAAAGCGCGGUUGA